AUGGCGUUAUCCAAGCCAGUAGGUGCAGGUGUUGUUCAAAAUAUACCAGUCAUCGCCCAGCAUUAUUUGGUGUGUGGCACUGAAGACUGUAAGAAGAACUGCCAAUUUUACUGCAAUUCUUGUCACCAACCAUUGUGUGAACAAUGCAGAGAUGAACAUCACAACAUUCCAGAAAAUAAGAACCAUGAAGUGGUCCCUUACCGCCAACGUAUACGAAAACUACCUGUGGGGAAAUGCAAAGAUCAUCCCACUAAAGAUAUUGACAUGAUUUGCGAAAACUGCCAGGUUGCAGUAUGUUCCAAAUGUCUAAUAAAAGAUCAUCGAGGGCACACCUUUGACGACCUGGAGACCAUUUAUUCCAAGAACUUCACUCUGUGCCUUGAUAAAAUCUACAACAUAAAUCAAUAUUAUCUCCCAACAUCACAAGAUAUAAAAAAAGAUAUAAAAGAAGAUGUCUUAAAACUGAAAGCGUUUAUGGAUAAAAUAAGAACAUCCAUAAAAGCUGAAGCAGAGUCAGUUACACGUCUAGUGGAAAAAGCGAUGUCGAACAAUUUAGAACAAGCCAACAAAAUGGAGGAAACCCUAUUGGAAAAGCUUCAGAGUCAAGACAAAACCUAUGACGAAUACAAUGGUUACCUUGAAAACCUUGUAAAAGAGUUCCAGGGAUACCUGUCUUAUGAUAAAGUUCAAAACAAUUCAAUCCUUUUUUCUCUUUUAGAAGUACUUCAUAUUAAACCAAUACCUAAGUCGACAGAACCUGUUUAUCCAGUAUUCACUGUUGGUCAAUACAGCAAAAAUGAUGUGGCUAAACUACUGGGUACAGUAACUGUUCCCACUACUAAACCAAGAUCUAGAAAAAUAAAACCAAUGGACACUACUUCUACACAGUUGAAACCUACAAGAAAACUUAAAGAAGCGGACGGAGAUGAAUUAGAAGUAAAACAAAAACUGUCUCUGUCUUCCUCUGUCACCAACGUCAAAGAGUACAUAGUACCAGGUGUUAAUAGUGUAUGUCAUAUAUCAGGAGGUAAAUCAGGCAUACUUUGGGCCAGUGAUGCAAGUGGCAACCUUGUUCAAACUGAUCUACAGGGGAAACUGCUACAGAUGAGAAAAACAAGGGGUAAAGAUGAGGGUUACCACACAGUCACACAGGACGGGGAGCUGAUGUGUACAGACAGAGAGAACAAUGUCAUCAAAAGAAUAACACAGGGUAACAAAAUCGCUUUAUUCACUUUAACGAGAGGGUGCGAACCACUUAGCAUACACACUUCCCACGUUAACGGGGAUAUACUGGUUGGAAUGAGAACGUUAUUGAAGGGUAAAGUCGCCAGGUACAACAAAACAGGGAACAAAAUACAGAGCAUAGAGAGGGACAACGAAGGAAAAGACCUGUAUGGUGUAUAUCCACAUUAUAUCACGGAAAACAUCAACGGUGAUAUCUGUGUAUCAGACUAUGACAAAAGUGCCGUUGUGGUUUUAUUUAAAACAGGACAACACAAAUUCACCUACACAGGUCAGGGUUCAAAGUUCCGCCCCUUUGGUAUCUGUACUGAUAUCGUCGGUCACAUCCUGGUUUGUGAUAAUGAGAGUAACACCGUUCAUCUACUGGAUCAGGACGGUCAGUUCUUGUUGUUACUACUCACAGAAGAGCACGGGAUACAUAGGCCAGUUAGUUUGUGUGUUGAUGCUGAUAACAAACUUUAUGUGGGACAAUUUAACACGAACAAAGUGAAAGUGUACGUGUUUCUAGAGUGAUCAUUACUUCGUUUAAAGUAUUCAUAAUUAUAGAUCUGCACAUCCCGACUUGUUUAUAACAAUGACUGUGACAUUUAGUUUUAUGGUACAUCAAUCUCAGUAUAUUCGAUUGCAUGUUGUAACGAAAAUGAAAUGGUAUUUUGUAUAUUUGCUGAUGCAUUAGAAAAGUGUUAAUCAUGCUUAGAUAAGCAGAAAUUAGCUCUUUAAAUUUUACGAUAGUCUAUAGAUUAUAUAUAAAAUACACCGUUCAAUAAUUUAUUGC